CUGCCCCCUAAGUGUUUGAACCGUGCUGUUUCUAGCACUAACUCCUAGGUGUGGGCCGCCGGCCACCCCAUCAUGCCCUUGGAAGAGAUAUCUCCCAACAAGAGAAGAGAUGUCAGGACAGCCUCUACCCCCGUGGAUGACCUGCCUGCAGCCGCGUCCAGUACUUCCUUACGAUCCAGUGCGCUUCAAGGUAUGCUGAGAACCACCACCGAGAUUGGCGAUAGUGGCCCUUUUGCUGUUAAACCAUCUCGAAUUCCUCGCUCUGGUUCAAGACUCCAGUCUACGAGACAACGUUCAGGUUCAUUUGACACCUCACUCGCGUAUCAACUGCGCCAUCGACGCUCCCCUCCGCCUCGCCGUUCUCAUCGACAUCGAGGUCCGAGGCCAGCCCUGUCAACAUCCGGUCUCUCUGCCCAUGAAACUGUCCGCACUCAUGCCUCCUCCGCCCACCCUGGUCUGAGAUCUAAAAAAGCUGGCCCAAGAUACCGGUCUCAAGCCCUAGCAGGUUUAUCAAGCCCUGGUGAUGGCUUCCAUGGUCUCUAUGCUCACCGUUCUCUCAUCACGUUACGCAGUCACAGAGACUAUCAUAGCCUGCAUUCUGCUUCGCCAUCGGUCCGUUUCGGGACUGGAAGACAGCAUAGAGCAGCCUCACCAGCGUUCACCGAUGCUCAUAUGCAUAGACACGGCCCCCGGCGUGGCUAUCCUCGCGUUGGCAGUGCUUUCACAGUCGCCUCUUCCCCAGUCUUGUUGUACAAUGGACCACCUGGACUCGCAGGUUACCGGUCCGACUUCAACAACUCUCGCUCUUCAUUUGCCCAUGUUCCUUCUCCCGCCAGAUCUUCUCUCAACUUGGCUACCAUGAAUGCAUGUCCAGCCAAUAGGACCGCCACACCAUUGUCUGCUUCAUUGCACCAUACCCGAAGUAUGUUGAAUCGCAGCGCAGCAUCUGUUACAGCUCUUCCGAGAUCUCCAACAGACUCAGCGGCUCCACAUUACUAUGACUAUUCGGAGUCCUUCCUGGAGGAGGAGUGCUUUCAACCAGGCGGCCAAGACGAAAGUGAUAUUCAACAUUCUCACAUCAUGAAUCACGCUGUUCACGAGCGUCAAGCAGAUGUCGAACGUCGUCAAGCCCAGUCUCCGUUUGGCACUUUGCCUGGCUCAACCUUCAAACCCGCCGAAUUGCCGACUAAUCACAAUCGACGGGCAAGUGAACAGUCGAAGCAUAGCUUCUCAGGGGUAAUCCCGCGAAGAGUUUCGAGCCUUGCAGCAACAUCGACCCAUCAAGAGUCCCGCGAGAGUAGCUUUGGCAUCUUUCCAGCGGCUGUCUCCGGUGAGGAAAAAGAAGGUCAUCAACCAUCGCACAGCUCCCGCCGGGCAACCGUCUCUUCGUAUGCUCACUCUAGUGCCUUCUUUGUGAAUGCAAGCCGAAGUCCUCGCGAUCUUUCCACCUUAGCUGCUCGUGUUCAUUCACCGAUAUUUGACAAACGAGCUUCCACUGCCUCGCUUUCCGGCCUGCUCGAUGGCGAAGACUUCCAAAGAGAGAGGCAAGAUGGGCAUCCGCAAAUUCAACGCAACUCGCAAUCAGAAUGGACUCUCCCGUCACUCUCUUUUCGUCCUCUGUCCCUGCUGUCUCACUGUUCAAAUACAGGGGAGCGACCCAAGACAUCAGGUGACACGCCUUCUAAACAAUCACGAGAGAUCUUAUCCCCAAUGCCUGAACGGCCCAUGUCUUCCCAAAGUCGGAAACGAUUCAGCAGAAUCUUAGAGAUAGACGAUGGAUACGAUACCAAAGAAGCCAAAAUGACAUAUCAGUCUCUCCCUGGACAGACCUUUACGAGACUCACUGUCGUUGAGGAAGCCUCGGACACUCAGCCAACGGAUGAUGGACGAAUUUUGAGCCCCUUUGGAGGCGAUCAGGUUUUCCUCGGCGACCAUAUCAACGAUCUCGAAUCUAACGACCCAGAUCGGCAUGUGAUGUCACCUGUGAAGACCGCGUCCAGUCAAAUCACCAUCCACGACAAAUCUACAGUCGAGUCUCUGCUUGACAGGCAUAUUGAAUGCCUUGGUCUACAAGAAACCGAUGAUCUACUAGGAGCUGAUGACAGUUCAGAUCGGAGGCAUGCUCACCUUGAAGAUUCAUCGGCCGCUUCUUUUCGGCCAAAGACCACUAUACCCAAUUCAUUUUCGCAGCUGAAAGUUCGUCCUUCCACCUCAAGCUCUUGUCAGCACUCCAGCCUUGCAAGCUCAGAGCGACGCGGACUUGUGCCUAGGCGACUAUUUGCAAGUAUGGAUGCACGUGUGCGUGCGCCCGCGUCAAUCAGUGACAUCCCUGCCUCUCGUUCUUUCUCGUCGUCCACAACGUUCAGGCGAAUGCCGCGUUCUUCUGGAUGGCAGACGCUUCCAUCUACGGUAGAGCCUGUGUCAACGACACACAUCGCACCAACCUUGUCUUCUGGUGAGCUCGGUGAUGUGGAAUCUGAUCCUUCUAUAAUCAAAUUCAAGGUCCGAUGUGCUCAGACAUUAAGCUUCAGUCCUUCGCUCCCAAGUCCGGUUGCUGGCUCCAACUCCUUGAGCAAGGAUAUGGAUCACCAGAAUUCAGUACAUCGUAGGUCCAAAAGCGAGGUCAUUGUGCGGCAGGAGUCGCAUCGUCGACGGAGAAUGCGAAUCUUGCUCAAGACCCAACGCAAGUCUUGUGAGGCCCAACAAUGUCCGGCCUCUGUUGAGGAAGAUGAUGGCCUAGGAACCCUUGCACAGGAGGGUAUGCCUGAUGGAAGUUGGACGACCGAAUCCUCGAACAAGGAUGCUCCCAUAACCUCACCUGUUUUAGGUUAUGCAGAGUUGAGUGCCGAAUCAAUCAUUGCUCAACCUGGAUCUGCCGAACCUACUGCAAGUGUGUUGCUAUCAAGUUCAAUGCCAAAGAGGUGGGCUAGCGUGCUUGCAUCGAUGCCAGAACCCGUCAAGAAAGGCGUCGAAAUUGUUCGUAAAGCAUCGGUUCGGACAAUACAUUCACACAGGAGUAAUACGAGCAUCAUCGAGCCGCUGAACAGCACUCGCCAGAGCUCCCAGCUCCCACGGGUGGGACCAGUCCCCCAGUUGGGCCCUCCCGAGCUGGGACCACCAUUGACUUCAUCUGAUCUCAACUUGUCUCUACGCUUCUUUGGCUCGUCUCAGCUUCCUUCGGUUGGCCCACCGCUACGAGAGGUGGAAAGUUUCUUCUCUGACGACAGUUCAGCACAAAACCAGAGAGCAGGGGUUCGCAAGAGGUUUGACCUCCACAGUUUCAGGAGUGGCAUGACCAAAUCGACAGGAGUGCUAGGUACUAGAAGCCAGCAGCCCACACCCCACAGCCGACGAGGGUUGAUUGCAAGCGCAUCAUGGCAGUUGAAAGGGCAGAAGUCGUUUGAAAAACGGAAAAUGCUGGAACGGGUCAAAGAUUGGUGGAAGCGUCAGUGUAUGCAAAAGACUUUUGCAAUGAUGAAGAGAAAGCAUGGACGGAAUGGACGUGGUGAGGGAUAACGGUUUAUGGCGGCCUCGAUCAGUUGGAGGCUUUGAUUUGAUUGGGGUGGAGAAAAGUGCGAGCAUCGACUGUCGCGAGGGGGUCAAAAGAUGAAAAGCAUGGGGAGGCAUA